UUCUCUCAAAUUUAAAAAUCACCUUAAUAUUAAAUAAUAACAACAAAUCUGUUUUAUUAAACGUUUACCGACCUAAUUUUAUGCAGUUAAAUAUCUAACUUUCUACAUCCACACCUCCAUUAUAGCUGUGCGUGUUUUGUUUUGCGACAGUCGGAAAGCGGUUCUUAGACGUUUCCAAUAUUUCUGUAUUGAAAUGUCGGACGGUCAGACGUCUCCGUUGUCUAUAGAAGACUAUGCCACGACUUUUACUGAAGCACUCACUUGUCAGAUCAACAAGGAAGAUGUUGGCUGUAUGAUCCAAACACAGAAAGAGAUGCUAUCUCGGUAUGAAAAAACUAACGAAAUGCUUCUCAAUUUCAAUCUUCUGUCUUCAUCUCGCUACGAAGCAACGUGUCACAAGUUCAAGAAAGACACAUUACUCCUGUACGAGAUGAAAAAAGACCUAGAUACAGUCUUUAAAAGAAUCAGAAAUCUGAAACAGAGAUUAAACAAAAUAUACCCUGAAGCCUUCUCAGCUUGCAAUGAAAUGAAAGCCACAGAGAACAAAGAUGAGGACAAUAAUAUCGGCUCAAACCUGUCAAACUGAAUAUGAAACUGAGAUGACACAGGACAGGUUGGGGGCCCAUUCAGCUCCCUCCAAAUUAACUAAAGCGUCAAGCUGUGUAUAGUUUAAUAUAAAGCAACUGUGAUGUACCGAA